GUCCCCGGGCUUCAUUUUCCUACGUGUCGAUCGCGAUUUAUCCCUCCGCAGCGCUUUGAAUUGGCGCAUUCUUAUCUGUCGCUCGAAGGAGAUGGCCAUGUUUACUCAGGUUUUAGUUAUUUGCUUGGCUGGUCUACUGCACAAUGCAUUUGCAAAUGUCUGCCCAUCAAUUAUUGGAGAGAAAGAUAAGUUUUAUGAAGCUGAACAAACGUUAAUGUUUCGGUGCGACAAAAAACCAAACAUGAAGUACACAGCUGUGUGCAAGAAUAGUGGCCUCUGGGACCAUUCAAGAAGUGAUAACGAAUGCCAAGGAAUUCCGGCUUCACCUGAUUCACCAAAAUUUGUUCCACCAGCACAAACACCUAACGAACCCGUUCCACCUAUUCUUGAACCCGCUGCUCCAGCACCGGCUGCACCACAAACAGUAAUCUCUCUACCCCAAACUGUUGUUUCUGCACCCCAACCUGCGGCACCAGCACCACCUGCGGUUGAAUCACCGACACCUGCCGUGGCAGCUGUUCCCGCAGUUAAGCCGGAAGGCUGUUCAUAUCUGCCGGGCUAUAUGCGAGUUGGCGAUGCAGAGAUAAUUUGGGCGGAUAGUCGUCAAUACAGAAUGCGGUGUGACGAUAACACAAGAUUGUUCGUUGCAACGUGUAGAAUCAAGGCAUGGGUAUUUGAAGAAAAUUCAUGUAAAGGCCCACUACCAUCAAACGGUUUCUUAUCUAACCUUUUCGGUCCGAUAGACCAGGUUGGACCACUGAGACCUGGAAUCGGACGCCCUCCCUCUGUCGUCCAGCCUAAUGUAAACCCGCCAACAUCUGUGGGUGGUCCACCUCAAAAUACAUUUUCAUCCUUCUUUGACAAUAUUGCCGAUGGACUUAAUAAUCUAUUGAAACCAUUAACUUCUCCAAGACAAACUGGCGAACAGACUCAAGGAGGAGGUGGUUUGUUCGGUUCCCUUGACCGUGCUUUCAACAAUCUUUUCCAACCAAUCACGAACCAAAAUGUGAAUCCAAUAACCAAUAUAGAACCUCUAGAUUUUCAGGCGGAUCUCAAGCCUUGUGCUUACGAUCCUCAACACAUCCAACAAGGAGACGAGAAAAUACACUUUCAUCACGGUUAUCGUUACAAAAAAGCAUUAUGUAACCAAGGUACUAAUAGGGUUUAUGAAGUAUUCUGCAGAGACGGUGGUUGGAUAUUCGACAAGGAGGCUUGUGUGCGCCCACCAAAUAAUGGAAAUAUAUUCAAUACGAACUUACCCGGCGGAAUUCCAUUGUGGCUGCUGGCUCUCGGUGGUUGAACAAAUUCAAUGAUUUUAUUGCAAAGCUGUCCACGAUCGUGGUUCGUAAACGUCUGGACUCGGAUGGUGUUCUGAUGGAGAAACAUUAUAAGCUUUCUAGAUUAUUCUACUCAUACAUUUUAUUUGUCGGUUGAAUUAAUAUCUUAAUUCAAACAAGUGUUUAAUAAAGUUUUACAUUUUGAAA